AUGGAUUCCAAAGUCACGGCCGCGACCGUCCAGGCAACGGUGCUAAAUGCCCUGUCCGGGGUGUUUGCCCAAGGCAUUCUGGCAUAUCGCAGGGGGACCGUCGAUGGUGUUGAUCUCUCCUCCAUCCUGCGCUUCAUAGUGUACACGGUGCUCACAACACCUCCCAACUAUAGGUGGCAGGAGUUCCUAGAGCGGACGUUUCCAACCACGACGGAGGCAAAGGAGGACAAAGUUAUUAAAGACAAGCCGUCUCAUGAUGCGGUGACGGGGACCGGUGGCAAGCUGAACAUUGCCAACACGGCGGCCAAGUUCAUCUUGGAUCAGGCACUUGGAGCACCCGUCAACACGCUUAUGUUUAUCUGCCUGAUGGGCCAGAUGAACUUUCAGAGCUUCAACAAUAUCCUAAGCAGUGUCAUCAGUGACUUUUGGCCCAUGUUGUUUGCUGGCUAUCGAGUGUGGCCGCUUGUCUGUCUGUUGAACCUAGUUGUCGUGCCGUUCGACUACCGGCAGCUUGUUGGCAGCAUUGCUGGGCUUGGAUGGGGAGUGUUCCUCAGUCUCAACCAGAUAAAGUAG